CUCGUUCGCAUUUGUGAAUCUUCUUGCAAUGUUUUUCUUCUUUUCUCCUCCCAUGAAGAAUACCAGACGCUCUUAGGGACCAUAAAGCUACAUACUUCUCACGUUACACCAACACCAAAGAAUCAUGGUUAUGAAAACCAUAACCAAGAGUUAUACGGUGGCAGCGGUUGCCUCGUUCAUCGUUCUGGUGACGUAUCUUGCUCUCUUCUCCUCUGUGUCUGAUCUUCAGUUGAUUCCUUCCCUAAGUUCCACUCAAGGCAUGUUGCAACAAACGUGGGAAUCCAGAACUAGAAGAGUCGACCAGGCCCCGCAAGAAAUAUUUUUUGCCUCCGCCACUGCUUGUGACCGUUCCAACACCGACUACGACUUCUGCUCAAUCAAGGGCACCUGUAGUCUUGACCAAACAACUGGAACUUUAGCUCUUGUGGACCCCACUUCCUCCAUGUCAGCACCGAUUGUCGAGAAGAUCAGACCAUAUCCAAGAAAAGCAGACAACUGGGUCAUGCCUAGAAUCAAAGAGCUAACACUUACCUCAGGCCCAUUGGGUCAUACCCGAUCAUGUGACAUAACACAUGAUUCUCCGGCUAUUGUGUUCAGCGCCGGAGGUUACACUGGAAACAUCUAUCACGAUUUCAUCGAUGGUUUCAUUCCGCUCUUCAUCACUGCCAAUAUAUUUUACCCCGACCACGAUUUCAUAAUUGUGGUAGCCAAUCCCAAAGAAUGGUGGAUGUCAAGAUACAUGGAUGUUCUAGGUGCGUUUAGCAAACACAAAACCAUAUUACUCAAGAAUGAAAAUGCUGCUUCUAUUACACAUUGUUUCACUUCAGCCGUUGUGGGCCUAAUUUCACAUGGGCCCAUGACAAUAGACCCUACCCGAUUACUCAACUCCAAAUCUUUAGUGGAUUUUCAUAAUCUUUUAGACAAAGCUUUUGACACAAAUCUAUCUACUUUCAAAACCCAAAAGCCUCGUCUAAUAUUGGUCAGUCGUUAUGGCAAAGUUGGUAGAGUGAUAUUAAACGAGGAGAAGAUCAAAGAGAUGCUUGAAGAUGUCGGCUUCGAGGUAAUCAUAUUUAGACCAUCAAAAACAACGAGCUUGAGAGAUGCAUAUAAUCUUAUAAAGUCGAGCCACGGGAUGGUCGGGGUUCAUGGUGCAGCAUUAACACAUUUGUUGUUUCUUAGACCCGGUUCCGUUUUGGUCCAGAUUGUUCCGCUUGGGUUAGGUUGGGUGGCUAAAACGUGUUUCGAAUCGCCGGCUAAGGCAAUGAAGUUUGAGUAUACUGAGUAUCGAGUGAGUGUGGGAGAAAGUAGUUUGGUGGAGAAGUAUAGUAAAGAUGAUCUGGUUUUGAAAGAUCCGAUUGCUUAUAGAGGAGUGGGUUGGAAUGCAACUAAAAUGAAUGUUUAUUUAAUAGAACAAGAUGUUAGAUUAGAUGUGAACCGGUUUAGGGAACAUAUGAAUAAAGCAUACGAGAAAGCUAAGUCUUUUAUGGACAUAGACGGUUAAUUCACGUUUAUGUUU